AUGGCUCAGAUGGCCUGUGGAACGGUGGCGAUGGCUCAGAUGGCGCUGGUAGACGAUGGUCAGAUGGCACUGGCAGACGGAUGCUCAGUGACGCUGGAAGAAGAGGAGUGUUCUGAUGAAGAGUAUGUGAAGGACAGCCCCUGUCUACCUCAUACAGCGUUGCACUGUGUGUCUUCAGAAGAGUCACUGUGUCUACCGCAUAAUGAGGUAGCCAACACACCUCUCGUGUCACCUCUGGAGGAGAUCAAAAGUCUACAGCCACCCAGCGUCACCACAGCAACACUGCACGAGGCAUCAAGAUCAGAGUUACUGGAGCAGCUGAGGGUGACACGAGCAGAGAAGAAGAGACUCCGUUCAGUACUCCGAGACUUUGAGGACCACUUCUACACACAGACCGGCAGGAAUGCCCAGAAAGAGGACCGCGGGCCCAUGGCAGAGGAGUACUGCGAGUACAAGAACCUAAAAGCUAAACUCCACUUACUGGAAGCCCUGCUCAGUAAACAGGAUACUUACAAGACUGUCUAAGCCUCCUUCACAGUGGGACUUUUAUU